CUGAUUAUUUAUCAUGGCAUUAAAGGUCCGUGAACUGGAAACUGAAGUUGAAACUGAGCAAAGACGUGGAGCUGAUGCUGUUAAAGGAGUCCGCAAAUAUGAGAGGAGAGUGAAGGAGCUCACCUACCAGACUGAGGAGGACAAGAAGAAUUUGGUCAGACUUCAGGAUCUGGUGGACAAGCUGCAGCUCAAGGUCAAGGCUUACAAGAGACAGGCUGAGGAGGCUGAGGAACAGGCCAACACCCACAUGUCCAGACUGAGAAAGGUCCAACAUGAGAUGGAGGAAGCUCAGGAGCGUGCUGACAUUGCUGAAUCUCAGGUCAACAAACUGAGAGCCAAGAGCCGUGAUGUUGGAAAGGGUGAAAGUGCUGAGUAAGAGACAUCUAUUUGGAACCUUUUGUCAGCGUUCAUAAAAUAUGAAACAGCUGCUAAAUUGUCUGUUUGCAAUGUAUUAAUUCAAUAAACUCUUUCCUGUGACUUCAUUACAUUUAA